AUGUAUAUGCCUUUGCGAUCAAAUCCGGUGACACCGCGCCUGACGCGCAGCUCACACCGAGCUCCAUCAAGGUCAAUUUGCGCGAACAGAUGGAUUGCGACAAAGAGCUUUGGUGAUAUGCCUUUCGCCCAUACUUGGCUCACCAAAACACCGGAAUCAAUUAGAGCAGAUGAUAUCCUAUCAAGCCUUGUUUCCUCGCCCGCCAAAGAUACCACCCCCCUCCUCCUUGUUACUCCCAAAUUCGCACACUGGCUCGACCCGACCGAUGAAUUUCUCCCCAAAUUGCUUGGUCGAUUAUAUGCCGGCUCGGAUCCUAUAUAUGCAGUUGCAGCCAUAAUCGAUAAGCUCCCAAACACAUCCGCAUUUCCCACGGCACCCUCCCAAACAAGCGCCUCUUUUGAAGGCACAGAACCUGAAGGCCUGUCUCUGCUUGCUGUACCGCAACUCAAUGUGCAAGGGAAGGCUGCUCCUCCACGUCGCUUUGGGGGCCCUGCAUUGGAGGAGCCUGAUCUUGGAAUCUCUGUAGACGCCGCGGAUCUCUCAACUCACCAAAUUGGCCUGCGACUUGCGCAUACCAUAUUCAUCAACGGCAAGGAAUCGACGCUGGUUGGAAUGCGCUGGACUUGGGAUAAAACAGCGGGAGACAAUGGUGCAUUUGUCUUGAAAGAGUCUGUUGAUUUGACAAAUUGUAUUGUCAGGUCUUCGUCACCCGUUGCCGACAUUCAAUCUACAUUGACAUUACCGCUUCAUCCCGUGGGUCAGCGACGGAAGGUCAUCUCGAGUAUGGGUAAUAUCUUACGACAAAUAUCGAAAUCAACAGACCCGUGUUCGUUUACACCUAUGCCCGCCUCCUCCGAGUUGGAGAAGGAGCUCCCUCGCUAUAUCUCUGAGAAUAAUAUCGUCGACCAGAGAGUCUCUGUCUGGGCCUUGGUUGAGAAAUCCACGACGACUGUCUCAUGCUCACAAUCUGGCCUUUUGGAAUCUGUCUCUCACGGAGGUAAAUUACAUCGUGUCAUAAGCGGCGGGGGUGGAUGGGGAAAGAAACAGGGUCUGCUUUCUCUAGAUCCAGAAAUCGCCUUUCCUGGCACCGCUGGUCAGGUGGAACUCGAUCAUCUAGAUGAUCUCUUCAGUCAUAACACAAGCAAGGUGUCAGACCUGCCACCGUCUUUUCCAAAUGGGUUGAUUGGCGAUGAUCUCUCAAUACUGUCGCAAGUCGCAACAGAAGGCGACUUCAUCCAAUUUUACGUGUCGGGGGAACCAACACCUUCUCCGCAGAAGGCGUCGAGACAGGCCAACGCGCCUGCAGAUACAAUCUAUUACUCUUUUGGAAUAGUGUCUGAUGCCGAACAACUUGAUACGCACUCAAACGAGAUUCAAGCUCUUAUCUCGCUCCCAAAUGCCUUCGGGGCACUCUCGGAGAAAGGGAUCACCUAUUCUCGGUCUAUGCCUGUGGACGAAGAGAAGGAGACGGUGGAAUGGGCGUCUGGCCUCAACACGAAACUCGAUAUACCGGGAUGUCAAGUCAUUCUCAGUCCCGCAAUAGAUUCUGAGUGA